GAUGCGGAGCCGGGGCGCCGCGCUCCGCUCGUAGAGGCCGGCUGGAGCCGCGGCCGCCGCCGGCGAGGCCUCGCCGCGCUGGCCGCAGGUUUGAUAGCUUCUCAGCUGCACAGUCUGGAAGAUGCAUAUCUUAAGUCCCUGUUGAAGUAAAGAGAGUCAUUCAGCUGAUGACUGAUUGUGACAACUUGAAUGUUAUUAUUCACAUGACGGAGCUGUGCUUAUAAUGAUUACUUUCAUAUGAGAAAGUGGGAGAUUGCAUAAAUCUUUGUAGACAACUUGGCUGCAAGUGGUUAAACUGAAAUUAACUGCUGCCUUCUGGCUGCAGAGUGCUAGUCUGACGUUCCUGAGUGAUACUCUGCAGACUAAAUCAUGCCAGCGUUAUCAACUGGAUCUGGAAGUGACACAGGUCUGUAUGAGCUGCUGGCUGCAUUGCCAGCCCAGCUGCAGCCACAUGUGGACAGCCAGGAAGACCUGACCUUCCUCUGGGAUAUGUUUGGUGAAAAAAGCCUUCAUUCACUGGUGAAGAUUCAUGAAAAACUACAUUACUAUGAAAAACAGAAUCCUGUGCCCAUACUCCAUGGUGCAGCAGCCUUGGCAGAUGAUCUGGCUGAGGAGCUGCAGAGCAAGCCCCUGAACAGUGAGAUCAGAGAGCUGUUGAAGCUACUGGCCAAACCCAAUCUCAAGGCUUUGCUCUCUGUACAUGAUACUGUCGCUCAGAAGAACUACGAUCCUGUAUUGCCCCCAAUGCCUGAUGACAUUGAUGAGGAAGAAGAUUCAGUUAAAAUAAUCAGACUUGUCAAAAACAGGGAACCAUUGGGGGCUACUAUUAAAAGGGAUGAACAUACUGGUGCAAUUGUGGUGGCCAGGAUAAUGCGUGGAGGAGCUGCAGACAGAAGUGGUCUUAUUCGCGUUGGUGAUGAACUCAGGGAAGUCAAUGGGAUUCCUGUAGAUGAUAAAAAACCUGAAGAAAUAAUACACAUUUUGGCUCAAUCUCAAGGAGCAAUUACAUUCAAAAUUAUACCUAGUGUGAAGGAAGAGACACCAGCAAAGGAAGGCAAGAUGUUUAUCAGAGCCCUAUUUGACUAUGAUCCUAACGAGGAUAAAGCAAUUCCUUGUAAAGAAGCUGGACUUGCUUUCAGAAAAGGAGAUAUCCUUCAGAUCAUGAGCCAGGAUGAUGCAACCUGGUGGCAGGCCAAACAUGAAGGUGAUGCCAAUCCCAGAGCAGGCUUAAUCCCUUCAAAGCAUUUCCAGGAGAGGAGAUUUGCACUAAGGAGACCAGAAGUGCAGAUUCAGCCACUGAAAAUUUCCAACAGAAAAUCAUAUGCUGAAUGUGCUGGUCACAACAGUGGAUCCCAUCUAGCCGGUUUUAGAAGAAGCUUUCGUCUUAGCAGAAAAGAUAAAAAAACAAACAAGUCUAUGUAUGAGUGCAAGAAAAGUGAUCAAUAUGAUACAGCAGAUAUCCCAACAUACGAAGAAGUUGCAAAAUACAGACGACAACCUAAUGAAAAAUACAGGCUUGUAGUCUUGGUUGGUCCUGUAGGGGUUGGACUUAAUGAGCUUAAGCGGAAACUGCUGAUCAGUGACACCCAGCAUUAUGGGGUAACAGUGCCACACACUACCCGAGCAAGAAGAAGCCAAGAAAGUGACGGUGUUGAAUACAUUUUCAUUUCCAAGCACUUGUUUGAGACAGAUGUACAGAAUAACAAGUUUAUUGAGUAUGGCGAAUAUAAGAACAACUACUAUGGUACAAGUUUAGACUCCGUUCGAUCCGUUCUAGCUAAAAACAAAGUUUGUUUGUUGGAUGUGCAGCCUCAUACAGUGAAACACUUACGGACCUAUGAAUUUAAACCAUUUGUUAUAUUUAUAAAGCCUCCAUCACUUGACCGGUUGAGAGAGACCAGAAAAAAUGCAAAGAUUAUUUCAAGUAAAGAUGAUAGGGGAACUGCAAAACCCUUUACAGAAGAAGAUUUUCAAGAAAUGAUUAAAUCUGCUCAGGUGAUGGAAAGCCAGUAUGGCCAUCUUUUUGAUAAGGUGAUAGUCAACGAUGACCUUGCUACAGCUUAUAGUGAACUCAAAACAACUUUUGACAGAUUGGAGACUGAGACCUUCUGGGUUCCCGUCAGCUGGCUACAUUCAUAACAUUUAAAUGUGCAGAACAUCUGAUGGUGUCUCAGAAUCCAAAUAUGGUGCAUUUUUAAGCAUUGCUUAAUUGCUGUUUUCUUGGUAGGAGGGCUUUAUAACUCCACCUGAAGAGCAGGUGCUUGAAACAUCGGUCUUAUGUUUCUUUGUCUUCAAUCCUUCUGUUCAGAAUUUUGGGACAGUACAGUCAGAUUUAACCCAGGUCUUACUACACUCAAGAAAGUGAGUUAAUACUAGUGUAACAAAACUGCCAAACACCACCUUGUCAUUCAUAAGUCUAUCUCCAAGGUAAUGAUGGUUUUAAACAUAACUACUCUCAUAAAAAUCACAUCAGCACUUGGAAAUUAUCCCAUAAGUGCUUGAGAGAACUGAAACAGGCAAAAGUGACCAACAUUUUUAUGAGGAAGACAUCAUAUUUUAAUUAAAUUAAGUACCAAGAUAAAUCUUUUUAUUUUUUUAGAUGUGAACCUUGUCUUACAUGUACAGAGUGAUCUUAGUAUUCCUUUGCACUUACAUGGUCAUGAAAAGCAAGAUGUAUUCAGUGGCUUAAUUGUGAAAUAUUCUGCUGUGAGCAUGCAUGGAUUGAAAGUAUUUUCAUGCAUGCUUUGUGGCACAAUAGAGAAAACUCAUGGGAAUAUUUAUUUAAAUAGCGUAAAAGUUACCAUAUAUAUAACUUCAAAAUCUUUCUUUGGGAUUAAUCUUCUGUAAGAUCAGUGGUAUAUUAGUAUGAAUAACAAAAAAUAGAGAAUAACUUUUUUUCUUUAAAUUGAUUUCAAACAUUUUAGCAUCCUUUAGAAUAGUGUUCCCAUCAGCAAUUUUCUAAUAAUUAUUGAGGAAACCUUUGAGAUCUGGAAAGCAAUUGGAUUAAAUUAAUUCUUUCUAUUGUUUAGUAUUUAGUGAUCCUUUUUUAAUGGUGUAACAGGCAUUUUGUCUCCAUCUGAAAAAAAAUGCUGUAAACUUCAGUAUAAAAAUAUCCUUGACACUGGUCAGACACAGUUAGAAACCUCAUAUUAAAUUUGAUGUGGCAAUGUAAGCAAAUGUAUAAUAGAUUAUAUUAUAGAUAAUCUGGUAAUUUUCUUUAUUUACUACUGAUAUGCAGGAAAUGAGUAUAUCUAUAAAGAUGAAGUAACACCUGUGUGUUGUGUUGUGCGUGUGUCUUAUAAGUACAGAAUGUGUAUAUGAACUUGCUAACUUCAGAUCAUCACAUCUGUGGCAUUCAAACAGGAAACAGAGUUAUUUCAUGUUAAUCUGUAAAGAGAGUGUAACUGUCUUGUUUAAAGAAAAAAGAAUUUAGUGAAACUUUAUAUAUUUAUGGAAGGGUUGAAAAGGGAUGUUAAGGUUUUAAAUUUCUUGUCAAUGUGAUCAUUUAUUGAAUGGAUUACUAGAUCCCUGUAAUUUGAAACAUCGUCUUUGUAAAUUGAGCUCAACAUUCCAUGUAAAUACUGUAUUUCAUUUUAUAUGCUGAUAAAGCCAUCAGAUUAUUCAGUUUUAUUCUAAAUGCAUAUUUAGCCAUAUUUAAUGUGUGGAUCAUUGCAUUUGGCUUAAAGUUGUAUGAAACUAAUGAAAUGCAAGCAACAACAGCAAAACCCCUAGGAAUCUGGAAAUGUUUAUGCAAGAGUUACAGACGUCCUGAAUCUCAGUGCAGAUACGUGCUCUGCUUUAACAGCUAUAAUGUGACUUUUGUCAAAUUUCACCAUUUUUCUGGUGGACUUAAGACUUUUUUGUAACCUAAAUAGAAAUUUGUUGAUUAAAUUAAUUGCAUGCAGAUUGCAAUGUCAGUUGAACAAAAUGUUUUCUAUUUUUUUUUAUUGCUGAAAGUCAAACGAUUUUUCAGGGGAUCUGGUAUUCAGCAUAUCUAUUUGCUUGCAAGGUGCUGAGUGCACUCACUGUCUCUUGCAGCUACGAAGAACUGUGAGGGCGCUGUGCAUCUCUCAGGAUCUGGCCAUUUUCGACAAGAGGAGCUUUAGUUUUUAAUGAAACACUCUGUAAGCACUGCUUCUAACCUGGGGUGUCUCAGAGCGUUACUGCAGAAUAACUUUCACGUAGGGGACCUGCUUUUCUCUUUAAGAAAUAGAUGCUAGGAUAUUCGGAAAGCUCCCCAUUAGGAGCAGUUCUGGUUGUCCUGCAGGCUUUUUUUCCUGUCCUUUUGAAAUGAUUUUAAAUCCCAUUGCUGGGUCUCUAGGUUCUCGGAGGACUUUCUGCAGCAGGUUUGCUGUGUUGGGCAGCAGUGAGCUGCACGGCGCUUUGCUCCUUUCACAGAGACACCGACUCUCUGAUCCCCAGUGCAGCCCUGGCAGUAAUUUCCUAGACAGAUGGCUGCCUGCCCCUGUCUCCAAGCCAGAAGUUAAUUCCUGACUUGUAACACCUGCGAAAGAAAGGGAUCCUCCCCCCCCCCCCAAAAAAAAAAAAAAAAAAGGAAUCCAGCAAGCAAACCAAGUAAAAUGUGGACAGAGUCUUUAAGGAGUGAGAAAUAAUUUUAAUAGAAUUACUAGAUUGCUCUUCACCACUGGCCUCCGUGACGCAGGCGGAGAUGAACGUCAGGUCAAGGCACAAAAUGUCUUAUCCCAACAGUUUAGGCAGGACAGAGCCUGCACGAUGCAGUGAACUCCGGACCCGCUUGCUCACUUCUUCUGAGGUACCGCUGAGGUGGUGGUUGUUCCUUUUGACUUCUAUGGACUUGUGAAUGAAGAUGACUAAAUAUGUUUCUAAUACUACACAUAUUCAAGUUGUGCUGUGUGGGUUUUUAGAGAAUUGUAUGUUUUGACGGCCAAGUCCAUAUAUUUUAUUGUGUUUUAGCUGUUUGCCAUAGUCAAGCGAAUGGUAAUUUUUUUAAUGUUGUACCAAGCUCUAUACUUGAAGUUGCCAUCAGGUCAUUGGUUGAUGUCUUACCUGAAAUCUGAUCUUACCUUAUUAUGCAAAAUAAUAAAUUAUUGGUAAAUCACUAAA